CCACCUCCAGCGAGGGAAGCCGGGGGACUGCAGCAGCGACAUGAAAAAGGGCUAGAGCGAGUGGACGCGGCUCAUGCGACGGCCGGGAGCGCCUGCGAGCUGGAUCUGGUGGAGGAUGCUGCGGCAGGUGCUUCGCAGAGGGCUCCAGUCAUUCUGCCACAGGCUGGGCUUAUGCGUGAGCCGGCACCCGGUCUUUUUCCUCACCGUGCCGGCAGUCCUGACCAUCACCUUCGGCCUCAGCGCGCUCAACCGCUUCCAGACCGAGGGCGACCUGGAGCGCCUGGUUGCUCCCAGCCACAGCCUGGCCAAGAUCGAGCGCAGCCUAGCCAGCAGCCUUUUCCCCCUGGACCAGUCCAAAAGCCAGCUCUAUUCGGACUUACACACCCCUGGGAGGUAUGGCAGGGUGAUCCUCCUCUCCUCACCCGGGGACAAUAUUUUGCUCCAGGCUGAGGGGAUUCUGCAGACCCACCGAGCCGUGAUGGAAAUGAAGGUGAACCACAAGGGCUAUAAUUAUACUUUUUCCCAUCUGUGUGUGUUGAGAAAUCAGGAUAAGAAAUGCGUGCUGGAUGAUAUUAUUUCAGUGCUAGAGGAUCUCAGGCAGGCUGCCGUCUCCAAUAAGACAACAGCCAGGGUGCAAGUAAGGUAUCCCAACACUAAAUUAAAGGAUGGGAGGAGCAGUUUUAUUGGACACCAGCUGGGCGGGGUAGUGGAAGUGCCAAACAGCAAAGACCAGCGGGUCAAGUCAGCCAGAGCCAUUCAAAUCACCUACUACCUCCAGACCUAUGGUUCUGCCACUCAAGACCUCAUAGGGGAGAAGUGGGAGAAUGAGUUCUGUAAGCUUAUGAGGAAGCUCCAGGAUGAGCAUCAAGACCUCCAACUGUACUCUCUGGCAUCUUUUAGCCUCUGGAGAGACUUUCAUAAGACCAGCAUCCUGACCAGAAGCAAGGUCCUGGUAAGCCUAGUGCUGAUCCUGACCACGGCCACCCUGUCCAGCUCCAUGAAGGACUGCUUACGCAGUAAGCCCUUCCUGGGCCUCCUGGGGGUGCUCACAGUGUGCAUUUCCAUCGCCACUGCAGCCGGGAUCUUCUUCAUCACUGAUGGGAAGUACAACUCCACCCUGCUGGGAAUCCCUUUCUUCGCCAUGGGUCAUGGAACUAAAGGAGUAUUUGAGCUUCUGUCUGGAUGGCGGAGAACCAAAGAGAAUUUACCCUUCAAAGACAGGGUAGCAGACGCCUAUUCUGAUGUGAUGGUCACCUACACCAUGACCAGUUCCCUGUACUUCAUCACAUUUGGUAUGGGUGCCAGCCCCUUCACAAACAUAGAGGCAGUGAAGAUCUUCUGUCAGAACAUGUGUGUCUCUAUUCUAUUGAACUACUUCUACAUUUUCUCUUUCUUUGGCUCUUGCCUGGUCUUUGCUGGACAACUUGAGCAAAAUCGGUACCACAGCAUCUUUUGCUGUAAGAUUCCUUCUGCAGAAUACCUGGACCGCAAACCUGUGUGGUUCCAGACAGUAAUGAGUGAUGGGCACCAACAGACAACCCAUCAUGAGACAAACCCCUACCAGCACCAUUUCAUUCAGCACUUCCUUCGAGAACAUUACAAUGAGUGGAUUACCAAUAUCUAUGUGAAGCCAUUUGUGGUCAUCCUGUAUCUCAUUUACGCCUCUUUCUCCUUCAUGGGGUGCUUGCAGAUCAGUGAUGGAGCCAGCAUCAUCAACCUACUAGCCAGUGACUCCCCAAGUGUUUCCUAUGCCAUGGUUCAGCAAAAAUAUUUCAGCAACUAUAGCCCUGUAAUAGGAUUCUAUGUCUAUGAACCCCUGGAGUACUGGAACAGCAGUGUCCAAGAGGAUCUGCAGAGGCUCUGUAGUGGGUUCACUGCAGUGUCCUGGGUAGAACAGUAUUAUCAGUUUCUGAAAACGAGCAACAUCAGUGCCAAUAACAAGACUGACUUCAUCAGUGUCCUACAAAGCUCGUUUUUAAAAAAGCCAGAAUUCCAACACUUUCGGAAUGAUAUCAUUUUCUCCAGAGCUGGGGAUGAAAACAACAUCAUCGCUUCUCGCUUAUAUCUGGUGGCCAGGACGAACAGGGACCACCAGAAGGAAGUCAUAGAAGUUCUGGACAAGUUGAGGCCCCUGUCUCUCUCAAAGAGUAUCCGGUUCAUCGUGUUUAAUCCUUCCUUUGUUUUCACAGACCAUUACAGUUUGUCAGUCACUGUGCCUGUUCUGAUUGCAGGCUUUGGGGUUCUCCUGGUGUUAAUCCUGACUUUCUUCCUCGUGAUCCAUCCUCUGGGAAACUUCUGGCUAAUUCUUAGCGUCACCUCAAUUGAGCUGGGCGUUCUGGGCUUAAUGACGUUGUGGAAUGUCGACAUGGAUUGCAUUUCUAUCUUGUGCCUUAUCUACACUUUAAAUUUUGCCAUUGACCACUGUGCACCACUGCUUUAUACAUUUGUAUUAGCAACUGAGCACACCAGAACACAAUGUAUAAAAAGCUCCCUACAAGAGCAUGGGACAGCCAUUUUGCAAAACAUUACUUCUUUUCUUAUUGGGUUGCUCCCCCUCCUCUUUGUGCCUUCAAACCUGACCUUCACACUGUUCAAAUGCUUGCUGCUGACUGGGGGUUGCACGCUUCUGCACUGUUUUGUUAUCUUACCUGUGUUCCUAACCUUUUUUCCUCCUUCCAAAAAGCACCACAAGAAAAAGAAACGGGCCAAACGAAAGGAAAGAGAGGAAAUUGAGUGCAUAGAAAUCCAAGAGAAUCCUGAUCAUGUCACCACAGUCUGAGGGUGGAGACUUUUUUCUUUUCCAGUGUUGCACAAUGAUGCAGGGCUAGUAAGGCUCAGACCUCAGCUGCUUGGGCUGGCCAGGGGUAAAAAGGCAAGUCAGAUCAAGAAUGCAUUAUUCAUGACGCAUCCAAAGGUCUGCUUCUUUUGAUGGAAGAGAUAAUAAAAGUAGGUGAAGUUCUUUACAACCUUGUGCUCCAUGAAAGAUAAUUUUCCAGCCAUUGAUCUUAGAGCUUUUCUGAGAAACGGAUGGAUUGGUGUGUUAAGACGGAAGGCUGAAAGAUCUAAGGAUUCUUAGAAGAAAUGGAGAAGAGAGAAUAGGUGGUCUCCAGAUAGGGGAAUAAACAAAAGAAAUGUCUAAUUUGUCAUGUCACUUCAUAUUUUUAUGAACAGACCAAUCAAAGGAAACCUAUGCACCUGGAAAGUACACAUUUAAUCCUGUAAAAACCAAAGGACCGGACCUCCCGAUCCACUUUGUGUGUACAUAUAAGUAUACAUAUACAUAAUUUGUCUUUAGUGUGCGUUGGUGGUUGGGUGGAAAAAAAAAAAGGUGUUCAUUUGCAGCUAGGCUGGCCUUUCUCUAAAAGUCAAAUCAACAUUAGUCAAAUAUAUAACCUCAUUAGGGAUGAUACAAAAUAUAUAAUUGGCCACUUGAAAUCAACUCAACUGUCUAAAUAGCAAGAGUAUUAUCAACUGUGUGAUAACAAGAUAGACAGAAAUUUGAAUCCAUUAAAUUCUACAUAUCAUGUUGUUGGUCACUGAGGUCCUGCCUUUGGGAUGACUUCACAAAGACCCCAAAAGGUAAUUGAGUUAAUUAGCAUGUGAACAAAUGUUUAAAAUCUCAUGUAGUAGAGAUAGCUUGCCAUUAGCUUUUAACAUUUCUGUGUAUUUGGAAGGCCAGCAUGGCUACUUUUGGAUAUCUCACCCACCUGAAAAAAUGAGCACUUUAAGCACAUUGUUUUUGCAUACAUAUGUCAGGGUACACAGUGCAAGUGAGCGAUGGAAAGAAAUAAUGAGAUACCAUUUCGUAGUUAAGGGUUCUUCUGUUAGAGGAUGAAAAUACACAGUUGUAGCGCAUAUAGCAGUUAACACAGGAAAAAAAAUGUCUGGAAAACUUAGCGAGUAAAAUGAGCCAUCUACCAUUCACCAUCUCGGCAUCAAGCCGUCUGUUGUGUAAGAAAAACUUGCCAACUCUACAGACGCUAGUGUGUUCCUUGGAAUAAGUCUGGGAACAUUAACCAAGACCAUGAUCACUAUGAUGGUGGUCACCGUAACCCCUGCAGCAUCAUUUUGUAGCUACGUGGAGUAUCAUUGUCUUCGUUAACUAGAAAGUAUCUCCUAUGGCAAGCACAGCUCUCUACUGGUGCCAUACUAACUGUGUGUAAUUGCACCUGGAGUCCUUACAUUAAAAAAAAAGAAAAAGUAUUGAGGUAAAUGGGGUUUUGGUGGGUGUUUUGGUGUUUGUUUGUUUGUUUUUGUUUUUGUUUUUGUUUUUUAGUUCGUGUUGAAAACUAUGCCCCAGGCAUGUCCUCAGUCUGCUGGGUGCUUUCAAGGACUAAGGCUGCUAUUCAUGUUGGAGAACGUUACUAGAAAAUUCCUUUUCCAUGCCAUAUAGGGAACCUAAGGAAUAAUUUAUUUCUGGGUAGAAUAAAACAAAUGCCUAAUGAUUACACAUUCUGCUAAGAAGCUCUUUUUCCUGAGGAAUGUUUAUAUUUCCUACCAAUUUGGGUUGUAUAAUUUCAAUGCAUUAACAAUACUAUUGGCUUUAAAAACCAAAACACAAUUAGAACUCUUAGAAAAUUCCAUUCCUGUUUCAGUUUUAGGAAAUGAUGCUGAUAGACAAUACUCCUCUUCUAAAUGAUGCAAAAUUUUAAAUGGACAUCAUUUAAAUGAAACUUCAGUUUAUUGAAUGACAUUUGUUCUAUUCUACUUUAAGACUGCUAUGUUUCAUUGUCUCCCCUGAUGUGGAUACAAUAGUUAUAGAAUUAAGGAGGGACAAUAACUUCCCAUAACCGCACUUGAUGUUUUCAAUGUAUCUGAAAAGUCAUGUCAUACGUAAUGCCAGACUUUCAUCGCAAGAACUUUUGUGCUAAGGGGAACAGACAUUUGGACAGUUGACCUCCAGGCCAUGAUCUCAUAUUUGAAGUCAAAUUUUCUGAGCAGUUUUUGCAGUUGGAGAACAGAAUUCCUAUUUCAAAGUUACUCAUCGGUUAUGAAAAUUUCUAUCACUCACACCUGUUUGUAAAGACAGCCACUAAGAAGCUGAGGAUUCCAUAUCACUUCAUAUCUGUCCAUAUUCAGUGAAACUCCAUUGUUUCACCCAUUUUUUAUUUAAAGGUAACUUACUUGAGUUUUAUAAUUGCCAUAGACCAUUUCAGAUACAAAAAAAAAUAAGCAACAACAACAAAAAGAUUGACAAACUAACUGGCAAGCUUGCAAACUGCCAAAUACAUGGAAGUACCACUGCAUAUUAUGCCAAAGCACCAGUUUCAGUCUCUCCCAAAGCACUUGGAUGGGGAAAGACUUGAUUACAUUAAGUAUUGUCUUCAAGGAUCAGACUUGUAGGACAAACAAAAAUUUCUCAUUGUCCAAGUGUCUACAGAGGUGGCAUUUUAGAAGAGAUGUUAACUUCUCCAGAACACGUGAUUCUCUCUAAGGAUGUGUAGCAAUAAUUUACUGAAAUGAAACUCCAUGUUCUGGAAGAGUUAGUAGAGUGCCCCCAAUUCCUUGUCUCGGUCUUAGGAAGUAAUGUAAACCCAGAAGAAUCUCGCAAAGCAUCCCGCAGACCUUCCAACCUCACUUUGAAGCAGACAUUUCCAAGAUUUCCUUCACUGAGUACCAAGUACUAAAAUAUGAGAUCAUGAUUUGCAGGUAACCCUCCAAGCUCAGCCUUUUCUGAUUAUUUGUGUGCUCCAUCCUAGUUUUUACAAGUUUUUGCUUGCUUUGUCCAUUGUGAAGUACUGAUGGCAUUCAAGUUAGGACUUUAUCUUCUAUCAAACAGAGGGCCAUUCAAGCCCAGAAGAACUCAGUGGCAAAUCUUUUAGAAUUGUGGAGUAUUUUAUAUACUGUAAUGUGUUUUUCCCUUGAAACAAGAGAUUUUUGAAAACUUGUGAACCCCAACAGAAUGUAAAACAGAAAGUAUCAUUUUCUGUCCCACUAUUCCCAAUGAGGAACUCAUCUAAAUUACCAGCCAAGAUUUGUCUAAAGGUUUCAUGGGCUAACCUACAUCAUGUGGAAGUCUGUUGAAAGAAUAUAUAGUUACAUGUUUUCUGGUGGGUUCUUGCAGUGACCAUGAACCUCUUUGAAGGCUGAGCAUGAGUACUCUAUGACAGAGCUAUUCUCAACUAAGUUUGUAUAUCAUAAAUGUCUUUCUUCCAAGUUAUUUCUAAUUGAUUUCCACAGAAAUAAAUUUACAUGUUUUAUCUUGUAUUGUAAAAGAAAGAAGUGUGAUACUGUAGCUUCUACGAUGCUAUAAUAGCCAUUCUUGUAUGUUGAUCUUGAGUGUAAGAGCUAUGUCCAUUCUGUAAUUAUCCAUUGCACUUUACCAUAACAAGCUAAUCCUUCUAGGCUUGCGAUUCGAGCUGGGGAUUAAUUAUUGCCAUUCAGAAUUGUGUGUAUUUUUAUAUGUUGACUGUAAAUAUUGUUAUUACAGUCAAAUAUUUUUAUGACCAAAUAUUUAUAAAUGCAUGGCACAAUGCACGCAUGAUUACUAGUAUGUAGAAGAUUAAAGACACUAUUUUCAGGGUUAUUACACUUUUUAUUAAAAUUCUCAUAUUCUCUAUCAUAAAUGCCUCAUGGGUUUUAGUUGCAAAGGCCUAAAGUCCAUAAAAAAACCUUCAUGCUAAGGGAAGCAAUCAGAAAAUUGCUUUCUCAUAGUGUCAACAAAAGCCACCUACUCUCAGAUGGCCAUUGGGAAAACCCAGGGCUAAGCCAGGUCUCUGCCGGGUCAAGCAGAAUCUGCAUUAGGCAGGAAUCAAAUAUGCCCCGGGUGUGCUAAAGCAAGCCAGAAGUUAUGGUACCUUAAAAAUGGACCUGUGAUGAUUUCUCCUGAGACUGGAGAAUUCUAUGAUUUACUCAAGCUUCCCAGAGAAAAGUCUACAUUCAACCAGUGUUGUUGCUGUGUGCACAGCCCUCUGCUAAUUCUUUCAAAGGUGAUCCCAAAAACUUUCAUUUAUUCUAAAGGAAUUUCAAGAUCAUUUUCAUUCUCUUUAAAAACAACAAAAUUCUUUCUUUUAUGGUGACAAAAAAAAAAAUAACAAAGUUAUAACAAAGGUCUGCAGCAUCAAGUCAAAACAUCUAUGACUGAAUUAGUAUGCCCUUGAAGUCUCCUCAUCUCAAAUUUGAAUACAAAACUCUGAAUCAUCUCUGUGGCACAGGCCCUUAUG